CACACGUUGGAUAAGGCGACCAAAGCGAAGGUACACCUCGAGAACUACUACUCCAAUCUCAUCACUCAACACAUUGAACGCAGGAACAGACACGAAAGACUAGAAGAAACGAUGAGAGAUGAGGGCUUGACUGAAGAACAGAAACAAGAGAAACGGGUUCAGCACGCGAUUAAAGAGACGGAGUUUCUUAGACUUAAGAGAUCACGUCUAGGCGUUGAAGACUUUGAACCAUUGAAAGUGAUCGGAAGGGGAGCUUUCGGAGAGGUACGUCUGGUGCAGAAGAAGGACACGGGACACGUGUAUGCCAUGAAAAUACUGCGAAAGGCAGACAUGUUGGAGAAGGAACAGGUGGCACACGUGAGGGCAGAGCGCGAUAUUCUGGUUGAAGCCGAUCAUCAAUGGGUCGUCAAAAUGUAUUAUAGCUUUCAGGACGUUAUGAAUCUUUACCUCAUUAUGGAAUUCCUCCCGGGCGGGGAUAUGAUGACACUCCUCAUGAAGAAGGACACACUGACCGAAGAGUGCACUCAAUUCUAUAUCGCGGAGACGGCGCUGGCCAUCGAUUCCAUUCAUAAGUUAGGAUUCAUUCACAGAGACAUAAAACCCGAUAAUUUGCUUUUAGACGCGAGGGGACACAUAAAACUGUCUGACUUUGGUCUCUGUACUGGCCUUAAGAAGUCACACCGAACUGAGUUCUAUAGAGACUUAUCGCAAGCAAAACCCAGUGAUUUCACCACAAAUCCGAUGGACUCUAAACGCAGGGCCGAGAGUUGGAAGAAGAAUAGGAGACAAUUGGCUUAUUCUACGGUUGGAACUCCUGAUUAUAUCGCACCCGAGGUCUUCAUGCAAACGGGAUAUGUUUCGAGCGCCGACUGGUGGUCACUGGGAGUCAUAAUGUAUGAGAUGCUUAUCGGAUACCCGCCGUUCUGUUCGGAGACACCGCAGGAGACCUACAGAAAAGUGAUGAACUGGAGGGACACUCUUGUCUUCCCACCCGAAGUGCCCAUCAGUAAUGAGUCGCGAGAUAUGAUUCAGAGAUUCUGUGCCGAAGCGGACAAACGUAUCGGUUCGGGGGCUGGCAUUGAGGAGAUCAAAGAGCACUCGUUUUUUAAGGGCGUCGAUUGGGAACACAUUCGAGAACGUCCGGCAGCCAUACCAGUGGAAGUGAAAUCCAUUGACGACACCUCUAACUUUGAUGACUUCCCUGACGUCGAUCUCAAAAUACCUUCUGCGCCGACCAAAGAGCCCGAAACGACUGGUUUGAAAGAUUGGGUUUUCAUUAACUAUACGUUCAAAAGAUUUGAAGGAUUGACUCAAAGAGGGAAUAAAACUCCGCGAAAAAGUUAAGAAGAAAUGACAUCUCAAAUGAAUGGCUAUUCUUAUACCUUAUGAAUGAAGUAAAUUGAAGGCAUUGUCUGAAUGGAUAUCACUGUUUGUUUGGAGCGCUUGACUUAACUUUCAUUUAAUUUAUUAAUCGUCUCUUUAUGUUUAAACACAACUUCAGUACAAUUUUUUUAUUUAAUUUUCAAAAUCUAGUCAUGAGUUCUGCUUAUAAUUUGGAUUUUAUAUAAAAAGCAUAACUAGAGAGACAUUCCCUUUGAUUUCCAUCUGAAGCGUCCGCUCACUCAACAGUGUUUUGCAUUUAUAGUUAUAUUUGCCAUAAAUUAUGAGACAAUUGUUAAUCAAUUGAUACAAACAUUUGGUUGAAUAGGAAAAUUGUAAUAUUUCUCUGUAUAUUAUAACUUAAUUCGUUAGC